GGCGCCGGGCGGUAGCAGGAGCUGCAGCCGGGAGCGUGCGGCACGCGCUGCCGGCUGCCCCGAGCGCGGUCACCGGCGCCGCCGCACCUCGACCCCCGCCCCGCAGAGCCGCGCGCGCGCAUUUGUCCGUAUUCCUCGGUUGCUUACUACGAUUUUUCUUUCUUUCUUCCUUCCUUUCUUUUUUUUUUUUUUUGCACGCAACCUUUUUCUAUUCCGUUUUGUCCUUUUUAAGGCGGGGGCGGCGGCAGCGUAAGCUCGGGGCGGGGAGGGGGCGGCCGGAGGAUGCGGCGCGCGGCUGCGCUCGCUACGUCCGCCGCUGCUGCCCGGCUCGGGCCUGAGCGCCGAGCAGGUGUGCACAACAGCGGGGACUUAGCUCAGUGCUCAAGAAAUGUACUUAUUUUACCUCCCUUUGGACAAGGCAGUGUCCGGGCUUGGGGCUCUACACUCAGGUCCUCCUGUAACACCUGUUGCUGGGAGUUACAUAGCACAGCAGCAUCUGUAAGAUUUUACAGCGAAGGACUAACAAAAACUCCACCGGCACAGAAUGUUCUGGAAGAAGUUUCCUCAUGUUCUUGUGAAUGUUGAUAACAGCUCUCAACCCUCUAUUUGAUGGGGAUUUUGCAAUGUGCGUUUUGAAUGGUCCCAAGUGAUGGUGGUUUACACGGAGGACGAGCUGAGCCCUGCACGACUGCUUAGCACUGUGGAGUUUGCAGCAGCGCCUGCUGGCUGGUGGGUGUGAACCUUGGGCUUUCAGCGUCUCAACCCGACAGGAAGCAUGUCUAAGAAGAGCCGGAACAAGGGCGAGAGGCCCGACAUGGAGGCUGAUGCCGUGCAAAUGGCCAACGAGGAGCUGCGGGCCAAGCUGACAAGCAUUCAGAUUGAGUUCCAGCAGGAAAAGAGCAAGGUGGGCAAACUGCGCGAGCGGCUGCAGGAGGCCAAGCUGGAGCGCGAGCAGGAGCAGCGGCGGCACACGGCCUACAUCUCGGAGCUCAGGGCCAAGCUGCAUGAGGAGAAGACCAAGGAGCUGCAGGCGCUGCGCGAGGUGCUCAUACGGCAGCACGAGCAGGAAGCGGCGCGCACGGCCAAGAUCAAGGAGGGCGAGCUGCAGCGGCUGCAGGCCACACUGAAUGUGCUGCGAGACGGAGCAGCCGACAAGGUCAAGACCGCGUUGCUGGCCGAGGCGCGAGAGGAGGCGCGCAGGACCUUUGACGGCGAGCGCCUGCGGCUGCAGCAGGAAAUCCUGGAGCUCAAGGCCGCGCGCAAGCAGGCAGAGGAGGCGCUCAGCAACUGUAUGCAGGCGGACAAGACCAAGGCGGCAGACCUGCGCGCUGCCUAUCAGGCGCACCAGGACGAGGUUCACCGCAUUAAACGGGAAUGCGAGCGUGACAUCCGCAGGCUGAUGGACGAGAUCAGAGGGAAGGACCGUGUAAUUCUGGCCUUGGAGAAGGAACUUGGGGUUCAGACGGGUCAGACUCAGAAGCUGCUUCUUCAAAAGGAGGCUUUGGAUGAGCAGUUGGUUCAGGUCAAAGAGGCGGAACGGUACCACAGUAGCCCGAAGAGAGAGCUCCCGCCUGGGAUAGGGGACAUGGCAGAGCUCAUGGGCGUCCAGGAUCAACAUAUGGACGAGCGAGACGUGCGGCGAUUCCAGCUAAAAAUUGCUGAGCUGAACUCGGUGAUACGGAAGCUGGAGGACAGAAAUACCCUCCUGGCAGACGAAAGGAACGAACUGCUGAAACGCUCCCGGGAGACUGAGGUCCAGCUGAAGCCCCUUGUGGAGAAGAACAAGCGAAUGAACAAGAAGAAUGAUGAUUUGCUGCAGAGCAUCCAGAGGAUGGAGGAAAAAAUCAAGAACCUCACAAGGGAGAACGUGGAAAUGAAAGAAAAGCUGUCCGCCCAGGCGUCUCUGAAGCGACACACUUCCUUGAACGACCUCAGCCUGACCAGGGACGAGCAGGAGAUCGAGUUCCUGCGGCUGCAGGUGUUGGAGCAGCAACACGUCAUCGACGACCUCUCACUGGAGAGGGAACGACUCUUGCGCUCCAAAAGACAUCGUGGGAAAAGUCUGAAGCCCCCCAAGAAGCAUGUUGUGGAGACGUUUUUUGGAUUUGAUGAGGAGUCCGUGGACUCGGAAACAUUGUCAGAAACAUCCUGCAACACAGACAGGACAGACAGGGCCCCGGCCACACCAGAGGAAGACUUGGACGAUACGACGACCAGGGAGGAGGCUGAUCUGAGGUUCUGCCAGCUAACCAGGGAGUACCAGGCCCUGCAGCGGGCCUACGCCCUGCUUCAGGAGCAGGUCGGGGGGACGCUGGAUGCAGAGAGAGAGGCCCGGACUCGGGAACAGCUCCAAGCUGACUUGCUGAGGUGUCAGGCCAAAAUCGAAGACUUGGAGAAGUUACUGGUUGAGAAGGGACAGGAUUCCAAGUGGGUGGAAGAGAAGCAGCUGCUCAUCAGAACAAACCAAGACUUGCUGGAAAAGAUUUACAGGCUGGAAAUGGAAGAGAGUCAGCUGAAGAACGAAAUGCAAGACGCGAAGGACCAGAACGAGCUACUAGAGUUCCGAGUGCUGGAGCUCGAAGAAAGAGAGCGGAGGUCGCCAGCAUUUAACCUCCAAAUCAGCACCUUCCCCGAGAACAACAGCAGCGCCCUCCAGCUGUUCUGUCACCAGGAAGGAGUUAAGGAUGUGAAUGUUUCUGAACUUAUGAAGAAGCUAGAUAUCCUUGGCGAUAAUGGGAAUUUGAGAAACGAAGAACAGGUUGCAAUAAUCCAAGCUGGAACUGUGCUUGCCCUGUGUGAAAAGUGGCUGAAGCAAAUAGAGGGAACUGAGGCGGCCCUGACCCAGAAGAUGCUGGACCUGGAGAGGGAAAAGGACCUGUUCAGCAGGCAGAAGGGCUACCUGGAGGAGGAGCUGGACUACAGGAAGGAAGCCCUCGACCAGGCGUACCUGAAAAUCCAGGAGCUGGAGGCCACGCUGUACAACGCGCUGCAGCAGGAGCCGGGGCGGAGGGCCAGCGAGGCGCUGAGCGAGGGCCAGCGGGAGGACCUGCAGGCCGCCGUGGAGAAGGUGCGCCGGCAGAUCCUGAGACAGAGCCGAGAGUCCGACAGCCAGGUCCUGCGGGAGCGCAUGGAGCUGCUGCAGCAGGCCCAGCAGAGAAUCCGAGAACUGGAGGCUAAGCUGGAGACCCAGAAGAGACAUCUGAAGGAGUUGGAGGAAAAGCAUUCAUUCUGUGGCCUUGAUGACUUCAGUGAGCAAAGAACUCGGGAUAGAAAAAUUGCUUAUGGAAUAUGUUGAGUCCCCACGGCAACCCCGGCCCCACUCAAAGCAAAAUUCAACAGCAAAACAAGCUACUUCAAGCCAGAGACUGAACACAGAAUCCACGAGUACUCGAUGAGGAGGCCUUUUGGAUCCAUGGCUGGGUCCCGGCUGGGCCGAGCUACAGGAGCCCUGAAGACGAUGGGGAUUUUUGUCAAGCUCGGGGCCUCAUCCGAGUCCCCACUCUGGCACGUUCCAAGCCUGAGGGGCAGAGACCUGAAUACCAGGAAACUAAGUGCAAUUACUAGAAACUGAGUCACUGGAGGGCCACUGCACUGUCAGGGACUGGGCCGGAGUCCUUGUCCCUGCUCUGCAUGCCCCCCGCCCCCCAGCCACGGGGGCAUGUCCAGCUGGACAUAGACCUAUGUACAUAUGUCUCCAUGAACUGUGCUCUGUGUACCCUGGAAUCUGUCAGCCAGAGUGACUUGCAAAUGUCCGUGUGAUUCGAACCCAAGUUCAAACCCUGGUCAGCAAAUCCCUUCAGAUCCAUUAGAUGA